AUGUCCUCCUCUUCUUCUUCUUCUACCUCCUUCAAUCCUCCUCCCCCCUCAGACAAAAAGCUUCAAGACUCUGAUCUUCCGCUCUCAGAUUCAUCAAAUAGUCAGCAGCAUAUAGGAUCAGCAUCUUCUUUGUCUUCUUCUUCUUCUUCUUUUUCUUCAUACACUCUUAGACCUAAACCUCCCCAGUCAUCACAAUCAUCUUCUUUUGUCCCUUCAAAGUUUUACAACUCUCAAAAGUACAACAAAUAUCAACCAGACUAUUUCGAUCUGGGAUUUAAAAAAUCUCCUAAAUCCAGCCGCAACUGUACUCCACCCACUAUCAAAAUGGCCGUUUCUCCUAGAGUGAUCCGACUUAUAGUCGUCUCUUGCAUCUUCUUUUCAAUAAUCUUCUUCAUCUUCUCCUCAUCCUCCUCCUCCUCAUCCAUCAUUGACUCUAUCAACGGAAAACAAAGCUCUACCUCUAAUUCCAUCUCGGAAUCAACUGAAGAGUCCUCUGACUCUUUUGAAUGUACAAAGUCCUAUGACGGUACUAAACCCGUCAACCAAUACGUUAUUAUGAUUGACGCUGGCUCCUCCGGCUCCCGUGUCCACGUCUACAAGUUUAACAACUGUCUCGCCACUCCUAGACUUGUCUCUGAAGAGUUCAAGAUGCUUGAACCAGGUCUUUCCUCUUUUAAAGAUGACCCCGAGGCUGCUGCAAAGUCGCUUGAUCCUCUUCUCGAGGUUGCCCUUAAUACUAUUCCUAAGGAGUCUUACGGUUGCUCCCCUAUCGCAGUCAAAGCCACUGCCGGUCUUCGUCUUAUUGGUGAAGAAGCUGCCAACAAAACUCUUGCUGCUGUACGUGCUCACCUAGAAAAUAACUAUCCCUUUGCUGUUGUUUCGGAUGAAAACCAGGGCAUCGCCAUCAUGCCCGGUGCCGAUGAAGGUGUUUACGCUUGGGUCACCGUCAAUUACCUUCUCGGAAACAUUGUUUCUGAUCCCAAAAACAAAAUUCCCAUCUCUGAAAGACCCCCCACUGCUGCUGUUUUUGAUCUCGGUGGCGGCUCUACUCAAAUUGUUUUCGAGCCCCACUUCAAAGUCUCGGGCCAGAAUCUCCCCAAGGGUGACCACCGCUACGACAUCAAGUUUGGUGCUAACCAUUACUCUCUUUACCAACACUCCCACCUUGGUUAUGGCCUCAAUGUUGCUCGUGACUCCAUGUAUGCUGCUGUUGUUUCGUCUUACCUCAAUUCUGGUGUUGAUAUUAAUACCACUCCCAUUGUAAACCCUUGUCUCCCCCCUGGAGCUCAGCUCAAGGAUGUCAAGGUCAAGGUUGACUCCGAGUCUUAUGUGGUUCCUAACAUGGUCGGUCCCAAGGAACCUUCCAUGCUUCAGUGCCAAAAAAUCGCUGAGGUUCUGCUUAAAAAGGAAGCGGAAUGCCCCGUCGAACCCUGCUCUUUCAACGGUAUAUAUCAACCUUCUCUCGUAUCCAACUUUAUGCGUGAAGGUGACCUUUAUGUCAUCUCCUACUUUUACGACCGCACUUUCCCUCUCGGUAUGCCUUCAGCUUUCAACAUUGAUGACCUCAAGGAUCUUGCUCAAAAGGUCUGCCGCGGUAAGGAGUCUUACGACAGCUUUGAGGCCAUUCCUGAAGCUGUUUCCCAACUCAAAGAAAACCCGCAGUGGUGCGGUGACCUCGCAUAUAUGCUUGCCGUCCUUCAUCACGGUUACGAUAUCCCUGCUCACCGUGAGGUCAAGAUUGCAAAGAAGGUUAAGGGCAAUGAGCUGGGCUGGUGUCUCGGUGCAUCCCUCCCUCUUCUUGACCAAUCUUCUGCCGGCUGGUCUUGCAGAAUUUCUAGACAACAAUAG